UUUUUGUCCGUCUUCGCGCGCACAAACUGAAGUUUUGUUUUUCUUUUGUUAAAACUUUUUUAACAAUUGUUUUAACCUGUUUUAUACCUAAAACGAACGGGAAACGCGCGUGCACCUUCCGACAGGUGUGUUUGAGUUCCUGUUUACGUUGCACCAGUUAAAAUGUGAGACGUACACUGGCUUACCGAAGCUGUGGACACGAAAUGUAACUUUUAACGUUAAAUCGGAGUAGGUUUUCACGGUUUUGACAUGUUCACACCAUUUAUUUUGUGUGAAUUUGUACUUGUUCUAUCAGAGAGUGGGGUUCAAACACCUUUUAAAUGAUAAGCCAGUUAAUCGAUAUCAGACUCGUCAAAGAGUCACGAAACGUUUGUUUUUAGUUGCUGGAAAUUAUUUAACGUGAACUAAUUUUAACUUCUGUUUAUCAAAGUAAAGCUUAAAAUUACUUCCUUCUUACUUUUGUUAAUGUUGUGCUAAUGGGAUUUUCAGGCUAAUUAAUCGAUCAGUUGUUGAUUGGCUAAUAAGUCAUUAAUUAGCAGAAAGUUAACUCAAAGUUCGUGGCUGUUUGCUGUUUUGUGGCACAUUUUUAAACAUGUCAUUCCUGCCUUUCUGUUGAGUCUUUGAUUCAAUGCUUGCAUAUUAGAUGUGUUUUCAUUGUGUUUAAUUCAGCUGGUAUAAAGGAUUAAUUGGCAGGUAUCAGUACAAUACUUCCAGCUUUGUCUCUCUAGCCACUUUAACAGAUACCAGGCUGGACUCCUUUUUGCCAUAAGUUCCUUGUGGCACAGAUUCAAGGAGGACAUUUAGCUUCACAUAGUUGGUGCAGAUUUAUUUGGCUGCACAUCCCAAAGGUGCUCUGUUAGAUGGAGAUCUGGUAAUUGUGCAGACCAUCUGAGUACAGUGAGUUUGAAUGAAAGCAGUUUGAGAUGAUUUAAGCUUUGUAACACAGUGUGUUAUCCUGCUGGAAGCAGCCAUCGUCAUAAAAGGAUGGACAUGGUCAGGUAAGUGUUUACAUGAUGCUCAUUGGAUUAUAAGGGGCCCAAAGUGUGCCAAGCAAGCUGUGCCCCAUACCAAGUCACACCAUUAGGAGCCUAAACUGUUGAUAUAAGGCUGGAUGGGUCCACGCUUUCCUGUUGUUCACGCCAUAUUCCGACCGUACCAUCGAAAACUAGCCUCAGAUUCCCGUUCUUAGCUGACAGGAGCGGUGCCCUGUGUGGUUUUCUGCUGCUGCAGCCUAUCUUCUUCAAGGUUCCACAUGUUGCAUGCAUUCAUAAAUGCUAAAUGUGUGAAAAUCCCAGCAGAUCAGCCCAUCUUGCAUAAACAGCAAUGUCACAUUCAAAGUCAUGAGCAAUUUAUCAGGUGUACCUAAAAAAAAAAAAAAAAAGUGGCCAGUGACUGUAAACAUUAUGUUGCUCUAAAAACAAGUGAAUCAUUAAUCAGCUGGUCAGACAAAUAAGUCUGAUAGAAAUGUGACUGUAUUUAUCAGUUCCAGCACUUUAAUGAGGUUAUUUAUGUGUUUUCUAUAACACUAUAUUACAAUAUUACGUAUUUGUGUUACUUUUAUUUGUUUAAACGAUGGUAAGUUUACUCAUUUGACAUUUCAGUGAGUACAUAGGCUGUUAUGAAGCCUGCUCUUCUCACAGUGUGACCAUUGGUUCUGUUUUAAAUCCUUGUGACUGAAUUUGUGCUUUUUUUUUGGCUAAACACAUUCUCUGGUGAGUGAAAGAUAAUGAAAUAAUAAUAAUAAUGAAUAAUAAUGAAAAAUAUUCCUUAUCUUACUAUCUCAGUGAGGUAAGUUGGGCGCUUUGCAGCAGUGUAAAACUCGUGUGUCCUGGGUUAAUGAAUCAGCUCUAACUUGGUGAAAUUGAAUUCUCAUGCCUGUAACUCGAUUAGACUUCGUUUCUGCUGCUCUGUAAACAGGAUGUAGCUUGGUAGCUGAGCAGAGGCCACUUUUCUGCCAGUUCAGGGCAGAAAGUGGAGCUUUUGACACAAUGACGCUAAAAUGAAACCAAACGGGAGCAGAAAAGCAAAUAAAGGUUCAUUCAGGGCAGAGCAGCUGAUGGUGGGCAGCAGGAGUUGUGUUUGGGACAAAGUAUGAAAAGGUAGUUAUUUGGAUUUUUCUGUAUUUGCUGUUCGUAGGGACAGAGUUACUCUUUUUUUUCUUUAGGGUUUUUGUUUUUCGCAACAUGAUUGGUUCCCUAAAAGUAUCAGGGGUGUGGGAUGUUCGACUGGAUGCUUAAAUCUUGCUGGUUGGUGACAGAAGUGCUACACAGUUAAAUGUAUUCUAUAAACACAGUUAUCAGUUCAAAUAUGUUACAGUGCCACCAGCUGCUAACUGGGGCUGCGGACCUAGAAACUACAAUGACAGCUAUAGUCACUUUAUAGAAUCACUUUAUUGUAUUAUAUUCAACUUUUUCUACUUUACUACUUUUUUUUCUAAAAAAAAAAGUUCAACUUUUCUGGUAAUUUCAUAGAAAUCUUUACUUUUGGAGCUACUGAUGUUUUUAUUUUCCUCCGUAUUGUAUUUUAUCUACUUCUAUUCCACUUAAUUUAAGGUAUUCUUAUAUUGCUGUAAGACAGGAACAUCCAUGGAAGGUUACAUAAAGUAUAUAGUGUCUUAUCUUAUUUUUCAUACAGUUUUCUGUGUAAUAAGUGACUAAAGAAGUAAGUUCAGGUUAUAGACCUAAAUUUAAGUUUGUACAGCCAAGGUUUAGGUUUAAUGUUUAUAAACCUUUAUUUUUCAAAUGGCUUCUGAUCAAAUUCCUAAUUUUAAUCCAACUGAAGACUUAUAUUUGAUCCAUUUUUAGAGAUUUUUAUAUGAAAUAGUAUGUUUAUUUCUGAAGAUUUGUUCGAUUUGGCACCAGUGAAUACAAAUCUUCAUGAUUUUGUUAAAAACUAUAGUUUUUUGUGAAAGUAAACUGUGAAAUAGAAUUUUUUAUUUAACCUUUAUUUAUAGGAUAAACCUAUUGAGGCUGUCUCAUUGACAGGAGAGACCAGUUUCAGACACAAAAAUCUACAAUUAAAGAGCUUAUUUAAAAUACAACAACAAACAAACUAAACAGUUUGUUUGUGGGGGUUUUUUUUGUGAGCGUAUAUUAGGGGGAAAAAAGAAGAAGAAGCUUAAAACUAACUAGUUAUCAUUUAGCAUCUUUCAUACAGCUGUGAACAGUUUAUUUUCAUGGAAACGUCUUGCCUGAGUAAUUCUGUCGGGUGAGACUGGUUAGAAAACAUUCACAUGGCGAUGCUCACACACAGGUGAUGUCAGACAUGCACUCCUGUGUGAAGUGUUGGUAGAAAGGCAACACACUCAGGAGGAAUUUAUCAGCAGUGGGUUUACAAGUGCACAUUUUAUUUUAGAAGUCGAUGAAUAAAUCCUUAUAAUUUCAAAUAACAUGUAAGUCAGUAUCAAACUAUGAACUUGCAUUCAUUGAAUAGUCAUGUUCGUUUCUAAUGCUGGCCCAGUUUUUAUGUUUUUAAACUGAAGUUUAAUGAUCAUUUUGUUAUUUGUCAAACCACGCCUUGCUUCUUGAACGAGGAAGGGCGUGGGAGGUUUAUCAGCACAUUAUCAGCAGAUACUGAUCCUGAAGGUGAAGACUUGAAAUGGCGGUGUCUGUCCCAGGUGGCAUGCUGUCAGAACGUGUCAGCAGCUGUGGGUUCACACACUGUGUUUGUGUGGGCGUGUUGGCUUUGCAGGGAGUGUCAUCCUCAGGUUACUAAAGGCCAAAUUCUCUGGAGUCAUGUGGGCUUCCGGGUGUAGGUGUGUGUAUACCAGUAUUACUGACAUUGUGGGGACGUAAGUCUGUCUACAGUCACUCUGUGAGGACUUAAUGUCCUAAGAGGGACCAGAAGGACUUGCUGUGACCCUGAAAUGGAUAAACAGAAAAAGGUUUAUGCCGGUCACCUGCUUUCUCUGUGACGUCACUGCAAAUACUGAAGAUCGCUGCUCUGUCGUUAAUACCAAAUGGUUUGCAGACCAAGGAGCUCAAUCGCUGCUGACAGUCGGACUUCUUCAUUAUUGACACAGAAGCUCACUCUUGUGAGUGAUCAAAGAACUCAUUAAACUUUUUCACAUAAAUCAAAGAACUUAUUUGCCAAAGACUUCAAUGGCAGCAUCAGAACUGAUCCAGGAAGAUGAUAAAAACUGCAUAGAGGUGAUUUCGACAGAUCCGCCUUCACCUCCUCAGUCUACGAAGGUGCCCAACCAUACUCACCACAUCUCCCGGGCACCUCAUUCUGAGGAUGUUCUCGAUGGUGACGGCAAAGGCAGGCGCAGAAAAAUUACUGAAGUGCUGAAAGAGAACCAGCUGAUAAACUCGCUGUGCAACAAGAUACAGCAACGCUGCAACUACGACAAGAUCACCAAGGAGUCAGACGACCCUCUCCCUAAAGAGUGGUGGAAAACGGGUGUGUCCUUUAUCUACGCCUUCUUCGCCCUCGUCUUCAACGCUGUCAUAAUCGUUAUCAUCCAUGAACGGGUGCCUGACAAAUCUGUGAUUCCGCCGCUUCCUGACAAGUUCUUCGACUACAUUGACAGAGUGCCCUGGGCCUUCAAAGCAACAGAGGCCUGUGGCUUGACUCUCUGUGGAUUGUGGCUCGUCCAGUGGCUGGCACUUAAACACAGAGCGAUCGUGGCUCGGCGGUGUUUCUUCAUGAUUGCAACGCUCUACCUUUAUCGCUGCAUCACCAUGUACAUCACCACCCUGCCAGUACCUGGAAAACACUUAGAGUGCGCUCCAAAGCUCUACGACAAUGUGACGGAGAAAAUGUGGCGGAUUAUCCGGAUGGUCUCAGGAGGAGGUUUGAAUGUGACCGGCUCUCACAUCUUGUGUGGAGACUAUUUGUACAGCGGUCACACCAUCAUGCUGAGGCUGUCCUACCUCUUCAUCAAGGAGUACUGCCCGCCCAGGUUCUGGUGGUAUCGUUGGUUCUGCUUUUUCCUGAGCAUAUUUGGACUCAUCUGCAUCCUCCUCGGCCAUGAACACUACAGCAUCGAUGUGGUGGUUGCAUACUUUGUCGUCAACUGGACCUUCCGGUGGUACUACGCCAUGCUGGAAUCACAUGUACACAAUCAGGAACCCAACAAGUACCUGACUAGAACCUGGUGGAACCGGAUCUUCAAAUUCCUGGAAGGGAACGUCAAGGCUACUGUUCCCGUUGAGUUUGGGUGGCCGGUGCCCAUCCCUACUACCUCAUGCAGACGGAGAUACAGUAUAGUGGACAGGUAUGAUAGUUAAGUGAGGACAAAGAGGAGGGGAGAUAAGUCACCUGAUGACAGCAGCAUCUGUCCUCCCUGACUCCUGAAGAGGACGGAUGGACAGAGGUGGACAUGAGACUCUACCUUCAGGUUAUUUAUUGGAAUCAGCAUUUUUGUACUGAGGACUCGCAGGAGGAAGAGACGGUGCGUUUACAUUAUUAGCUCUUGCUCUUUAUCAGAAACAACAUUUUUAAUGUCUUCAGAAUCCAUGACGUAAACCUGCCAACAAGAAAAGACACUAUUUUUUUUGUAAGCUAGUCUGAGAGUGGUGCCAAAGCUAAACUUCUAAGCUGUGUUGUAUUUUUCAGUCUGGAUUGUUGCUAACUGUGCUAAUUAUAUCUUUGGGAUAUACUUAAGGAAAAUGAAGCUGCACAUUCAAAUGGUAAAAAAAGACUAAAUCUAAACUAGCCGUGUUGUUGUUUCUGGAUGUGCAACCUCCCACAAAGUAAACUAAACCCUUAAGUAUUACAGUUCCUUCUGGCUGUGGUGGUUUAAAGUGGUUUGACUUCAAAUUCUCAGUGCUAGCUCCAGGUGGGUCCUCAUCAGUGUCAAUUAAUUUGUUUUUGUAGCUUUAUGUUCUUGAUUGUUGUUGUUGUUGUUGUUGUUUAAGUUAUAUUUUCAAGUCCGAAUGUUAAGUGUUAAGGCACUGAGUUAAUGGUGGGUGUUUGUUUUUUGUUUUUUUUGUUUUAAAUGCCAUAUCAAUCAGUGAAAGAAAACCUUACUGCAAACUUUGAUUCUACCUAAUGUACCUAGCAUUAAUAAUGAAGGUCGUUGUGCCAGAAAGCUCCACAGUUUUAUAAACGUGUUUCUUCACAUUUUGCCAAUGUUGACUUGAACACACUGCCACAAUCACAUGUUUGCUUUGAUAAUAAAAGACUUAUUUUGAGCACA